GAAGCGCCGCUGAAGAUGGCGAGCCCGGCGGCCGCGGAGCACGCCGAGGAAGGAUGCCCGGCUCAGGCUGCCGGGGAGCAGGCGCCGGCGCCGCCGCCGCCCCAGGCUCCCCCCGAGGAGCAGGAGGAGGAAGCGCAGGAGGAAGCCGCGGCGGUGGCGGCGGUCGCGGGCCGGCAGGUGGAGGAGGCCGCCGGCGGGGUGGCCGCCGCCGUGACCUGGCUGCUGGGGGAGCCGGCGCUGUGGCUGGGCUGCCGCGCUGACGAGCUCCUGAGCUGGAAGAGGCCGCUGCUCAGCCUGCUCGGCUUCGUCGGGGCCAACCUGCUGUUCUGGUUCCUUGCAUUGACUCCCUGGAGAGUGUAUCAUCUGAUUUCCGUCAUGAUGCUUGGCCAUGUUAUUAUGCAAAUAAUAAAGGAUAUGGUUUUGUCUAGAACAAGAGGUGCGCAGUUGUGGAGAAGCCUCAGUGAAAGCUGGGAAGUCGUCAAUUCCAAACCAGAUGAAAGAGCCAGGCUCAGCCAGUGUUUUGCAGAGUCAUGGAUGAAUUUCAGCCUAUUUCUUCAAGAAAUGUCUCUUUUUAAACAGCAGAGCCCUGGCAAGUUUUGUCUCCUGGUCUGCAGUGUGUGCACAUUUUUUACAGUCUUGGGAAGUUAUGUUCCUGGGGUUAUACUCAGCUAUCUACUGUUACUGUGUGCAUUUUUGUGUCCACUUUUUAAGUGUAAUGAUAUUGGACAAAAAAUAUACAGCAAAAUCAAAUCACUUCUGCUGAAACUAGAUUUUGGAAUUGGAGAAUAUAUCAAUCAGAAGAAACGUGAGAGAUCUGAAGCAGAUAAAGAAAAAAGUCACAAAGAUGACAGUGAAUUAGACUUUUCAGCUCUUUGUCCUAAGAUUAGCCUCACGGUCGCUGCCAAAGAGUUGUCUGUGUCUGACACAGACGUGUCCGAGGUCUCCUGGACUGACAAUGGGACCUUCAACCUUUCAGAAGGAUAUACUCCACAGACAGACACUUCUGAUGAUCUUGACCGACCUAGUGAGGAAGUUUUCUCUCGAGACCUUUCAGAUUUUCCAUCUCUAGAAAAUGGCAUGGGAACAAAUGAUGAAGAUGAAUUAAGCCUUGGCCUGCCCGCUGAGCUCAAGAGAAAAAAGGAACAGUUGGACAGCAGUCUCAGACCGAGCAAAGAGAGGCAGUCCACAGCUGGGCUCACCCUUCCUCUGAGCAGUGACCAAACCUUUCACUUGAUGAGCAACCUGGCUGGGGAUGUCAUCACAGCUGCUGUGACGGCUGCUAUCAAAGACCAGCUGGGGGGCGCACAGCAAGCACUUUCCCAGGCUGCACCCGGCCCAGGAGAAGACACAGAUACUGAGGAAGGUGAUGACUUUGAACUCCUUGACCAGUCAGAGCUCGAUCAAAUUGAGAGUGAAUUGGGACUUUCACAAGACCAGGAAGCAGAAGCACAGCAAAAUAAGAAGGCUGCAGGCUUCCUGUCUAAUCUCCUCGGAGGCCAUUAGCCUGGGGAUCAACUUGUACAACAGAGCACAGAUAAACUACCAAAAAAUUUCAAACAAGCAAAAAAAAAAAAAACAAAAAUUUUUUGAACUGUGAGCUUUACUGAUUACUUUAGAUUCUUUUUGGUUUUAUUUUCCCUUCUGCGGUGAAUUAAUUGGAUAUAUAUCAGCUGACACUGAUAGAUUGAUAUUUCUGAGUUAUUUUUAUGUAAUAGGCAUGGAAAUGAACUUUAUAUAUACACACACACACACACACACACACACUGUGUUGUCAGAGAUGAAAAUUAGGGGUUGUUUUUAAAGCAAAAAAACCCCACCAAAUUAUUGAGAUCCUCCUAUAAGUAUUCCUUAUUUUUUCUUUACAGUUAAUUUUUCAAGCAUGCAAAAAGUUUAUUGUAACUCACUGAAAUAUUAACAAUUAAUUGUGAAUACAUGCUGUAUCAGCUCCUUUGUUCCUAAUACUUGGAAAUAGUUAAAAAUUUUUGGUAGAUUUUGCUGUAAAAAGACAAAAACUAUCAAGAUAUCUUUAGUUGAAGGACUUGGGAAAUACUAUCAAAAUUAAUUUCCUAGGAAAAUUUUAAAAAAUAUAUUUAACUACUUUGGAUAGGCUGAUACAUUUCCAUGUUAUUUCUGCAGUUAUAGACGUAGGCUUACUUGUAAAUGGCAUGCUCCAUUGACUGCCAGCUCUAGUCUUGCAUUGAGUGGUAUUAACUCAUAGAAAGCAAGUAAUUAUAUAUCACAUCGAUGGUGAUUUUGAUGUAAACAGAUUGGGCUGUGUUUUGUUGUUCAAUUGUCAUGUAUUUGUAAUAGGGAUAUUUUGGGUGCAGAUCUAUUCUGCCUGCUCAGACCUAGGCUAAACCCUCAUCUUUCAUAUUAUGUCAUAGAAAAAGUCUCUCAUUAAAAUUGUGAAACUAGUUCCUAGUAGGCUGUGUGAGUGCUGUGGUCAUCAGCAGUAGAGAAACAGUAACUGUUUUUGUAGUCGGUCUAGACUCCCCUACAGGAGAGAAACUUGCUUGGCUUUAAAUUGUAUUUAUUUGCCAUUGAAGUCUAAAUAUGUAAUCUGUUUCUUAUUGGGAAGCUAGAAUAUAUUUUUCCUUUAUUUUAAACUUUUUAGAUCACCUUUAAAUAACCAAAUUUGACUUAGGUUUUUAACAAAGGACUAAAGAGCAUAAAUCAAGCUAAUUUCGUUUUUGUCAUAUAAACUUUUAAUGGUGUUGAGGGACCAUGUCAGCAACUACCAACAAUCUCUUCAAUCUUCAGGUACAGCUGGCAUUUCUACAGAUGCAUACAGACACCUGAGACCCUCAGACAGGAAGGAUAAUCCAAGAAUACAGGAAAUCUCUGGCCCCCUCCCUUCAUUUUAUCCCUUUCGUUGUAUUUCUAAAGACUAAUUAUAGGUAAUCUGACAUUUUAAUGUAGCACCUCUUAUUUAUUUAUUUUUCUGAGGUAUUAAAAUAUCUAGACUGAAUUUUGCCAAACGUUAAAGGGAGAGAAGUUACUGAAGACUUUGAACACUUGCUUUUCGUGAUGACUAUGCUUAUAUGUCAUUAGUGACUCAUGACUGUGUUUGAUGUCCUUUAUGAAUACAAAGUGAGCCUGUGCCUUCAUUAUCUUGCCCAUUUUGGUACAAAUGAAAACCUGAUGUUAGAUCUACGAACUGUGUGGGUUUGGGAGGAAUAUAUCUGAAUCUUAUUCAAUAAGAGUUUCUGGACAUGAAGAAAAAUACAGUCACAUAUUUAUAAAAUA